AUGUCAAACCUAGACAAACCGACAUCGCAACGGAAAGAGACCCUUAAAACCAAAACGUCUUCUAUUUCUAAGAGACUGCGCGAGCUGCCGCUCGGUCGAAGCAUCAUAAUGGCCACUUCUAGCGGUGUGCGCACUUCCGGUAGAACGGGAAACGACAAUCGAUUUCACCGACUCUGGAAAAGCAACUGGUCAAAAUUAUUCUCCGCUCGCAAAAGCGCCGUCGAUGGAGAGAGUCGAAACGUCCAGGGGACGGGAGCCAGAUCGGGAGAGAAACGGCGAAAGUCCUCUUCUAAUUCGUCCUCGUCCCCCGAGGCACGAUCUCGCAAACAGUGUGUUGCUUUCUCCCAGGACAUGGGUGGAAGUAAAGGGGAUGCCGGAGAUGGAGGUAUGGCGGGUGAUGUAUCAUCGAUAUCAGCUAAAGCUACGUCACACUCCGGUCGGAAAACACUUAGCAAUCGUUUGUCUAAUAUUAUGAAUCAACAUAAAGUCUCGCAUGGAGCGAAAUAUUCAGCUGUAAAACCGGACACUAGUGACUCCGAUUCGGCCUAUACGGAUUCUGCCUGUCAACCGCUGACCAAACCGCCGGAGACAUCAAAAAAGGAUGUUCCAGUGACCGAUCGUCGUGUUGGCGGAUUCGCUGGACUCUUAAGCGCAGCCGGUUUCCGACGAACGCCACCAGCGAAAUCUUCCGAAUCAGCAAUCCGCAGCGCGCCAUCAGUUCCUCAUAUUUCAUUAACUGUUUCCUCGCUGUCAAAAGAAAAUGUCUCCCAAGAAUUAGUACAAUCAUCAAACAUCCCAGUUGGUGACGUUGUUGUUGAUACAGGUGAUGCCUCUGCUGUAGGCCAGUCAUCUACAAAACCAGUCUCGCUAUCAGCGACCAUUUUAAUGGAAGACGUUAGUGACCACAAAAACACUACCGACAUAUCUAGUACGUAUUGGCCUCCACAGCAAACAAAAUAUGGCACCUAUACAACAACAACAACAACAACCACUACGAUCAGUACUACGGCUGCAAAUACAAAAGGCUCUGGUAGUAUCUCCUCCUUACCGGGCACGAUGUCUACGAUGCGCGGUCAUUUGAUGUCUCUUCCAGCUUCCUCCUCCGUGCAGGCUUUUUCGUCCUCCUUCGGGCCGGCCUCGCGAGGUUCCUCUUCACUUUUCUCCAACCCAGCUCGCUCAGCAACAACACACAGUUUCACUUCUUCCUCCUUCUAUCCGGGAACCGGGAGUGGCCCCGUCACGAGCCGACCACCCAUCACACAGUCCUAUUCAUUCUCGUCGUCUUCGUCGCCGUCUUUCUAUCCCGGCGUGGUCGGCAACGUGUCGACGAGUUCAUCGUCGACGCCCAACGUCCAUCACGUCGCCUCCGGCCUGACGACGCCCGUCACCAUUUCAACCACAGCUAAAACCACAUCCGCCACGACGACGACGACGACGACGGCGUCGACGACAACGACGACGACGUCUACGACGACGACGGGCUUAAUAUCGGCGCCCAUCUCCGGAAAUAAAUUCAGCCUGCUCGCUGGCCGACGUCGCGGGCCGCAGCAGGCGUCAGGGCUGCGUUCCUGUUCGUUGGAGGAAUACCGGACGUCGACAUCAAGUUCCGAUUUUCAACCUUCUUCGCAAUUGGUAACAUCCAGUUCGUCUUUCUGGACACCAACCCCGGCUGCCCCGCCACCUUCUUACUACUCCAGUUACAGCGUAUCCAGUUCUUUCAUGCACCCGCAAGUCAACCGAUGGAUACCCGGAAGUGGAUCUACGCAUGCGCCAUCACUCGGACUCACGACAAGGUAUAUUGGAGACGUUAAACACGUCUGUCUUCCUUCUUUAUUUCUCUCUUUCUUUCUUUUUUCUUUCUUUCUUUUUCUUUCUUUCUUUCUUCCUUCCUUCCUUCCUUCCUUCUUUCCUUCUUUUCUUCCUUUUUUUCUUUCAUUUUCUCAAUGA